UUUUGCGCACAUCACGAAACAUCCGACAAGCAGUUGUACCCAACAUUUUGCAGAACUAGACCUCCGGACACGCAAAUAUCAAAAUCAGUUGCUUCUUUGCUUCUGACAUUUGGCUGGAUGAAAGUAGCUUUCCUGUACUCCACUACCCAGGACAGGAGCUUCCGAGAGGUAUCCAAGACUAUCAUUAAAACCCUGGAAGAAGUGGGCAUAGAAGUGCGCUACUUGGGUACAUGGCCCGAAACAUACCAUUAUGGCUAUGGUGAAAAUCCUUUUGAUAAAUUAGUCGAAAAUUCUUACAUGGAUGCAAGAAUUUAUGUUGUCCUCGGAUACUAUUUUGAACAUCUUGGUUUGAUGGUAAGCAUGCAAAAAAGGGGUUUACUGGACAAAGGUGACUAUUACGUUGUUGGAGUAGACAUAGAACAAUAUGAAAGUCAAAAUCCAAAGCGAUAUUUGAAAGGACUCCUACGGGAUCAGAUUGAAGACAUCGCCAAGAAAGCUUUCCAGUCUUACCUAGGUGUGGUGGGAUCGCCACCGGUUGGAUUUGAAGAUUUCACCAUUAAAGUGAAUAGAUAUAUGCAGCUACCACCAUUCAAUUUCCCAAAUCCUGUUAGCCGCCUGGGAGGCAUGAAAAGGGUACCUGCAGAAGGAGCUUAUCUCUAUGAUGCCGUUUACGUGUAUGCCCGAGCCCUAAAUGAAUGCUUGUUGCAUGGUGAAGAUCCUUUUGAUGGUCGACAGAUGAUGAAAUAUAUUACUGGAAGAACAUAUUUUA